AGGCCGCCUUUUAAUCCCAGAACAAGCACAGCUAGGUGUGGAGUAACUACUGCAACUGUUCUGCGAGAAGUCUACUGUGCUCCUUUCUUAUCGUUGGACUUCUGUGCCACUUUGUGUUCUCGUGUGCGAUGGUGAUGAUAGUUCACAGACGACUUGCCAACUUCUUGCUGUGUCAUCGCUUUUCUGCAUCGUCGAGCACCCAGUUUGCAUCAGGAGAGUGUGGUGACCGUGACAGUGACUGCGUGCGGCUCCUGUCGACGCGGCCCCAACAGGACGUGACCCCGUCGGUACCAGAAAGGCACAGCGGCACACAAUGUGGUGGCGUACAACUGCUGUCCUACCGUCCUUUAGAGAAUCGUGGCAAUGCAUCUGAUCCAGAGGAGCACCAAAGGGCUGGAGGUGUGCACCUCAGGACGAGGACCCCUGAUGACCCGCUGUAUCCUCCCCCAGAGAGGGGCGCUGUUUCGCUGCUGUCAUACCGCCGUUUAGAUGUUUUGGAUGCGCCAGAGCAGGGUGCAUCUCAAAACGUGUUGGAGUCAGUGGAGGAAGGGGACCGUUGGAGCAGACCAGACCAGGAUGCGUCUCAUGUAGCAGUCCAGGAGUCAGUGGAGGAGGAAGAUCCGUUUGCUCCACCAUCCUACGGUUCUCUGUAUCUAGAGGCACCCCCUCCCUACACAAAGGAUUCCUUCCCAGCACAUGUGCCUCCCCAGGAGUGUGCACCCCCCUCGUACUCAGAGAGUUGUCUCUACACCUCAACUCACUCUCAACUACAACUCCACCAUGCAGACCGGACCACACAACCAGAACACCAGCAACCUCAACAUCAUUACCAUCUCCAGAGCCAUCGCCAAGGACAACGCAGACAAUCGCAAUACCAACUUCCAUCAGCGUCAACCGCCUCCACCCCACCCACCACAUAUGCUUCUCUGCCACCAGGGGAAUUGGUCAAUCUAGUCACACAGUCCACCUGGUUUUGAGUUUAUUGCAGCCAAACGUCAGCAACUGGUUAAAUUCACAUCCACACAUUUCAAACUUCUACAGACUGUAACUUUAUCAACUGGAAUUGGAUCAAACCCAUUCCAAUGAUAUAGGGAAAGAGAAAGAGAAAGAUUGGCAGAUUUAAGUCCUGUAGUGCCUGCCAUACAGUGUAUUUAGGCUACUAUCUCCAACCCUGUGAAGAGAUCACCCGUAUGGUGUAUUACAGGUAAGCUACAGUAAAUCCAACCAUUAUUCGACCAAAUUAACCAAGUGGUCAUUGGGAAACAUUGGCAUUGGCAUCAUAUUAAUAUCAUCUUUUAAAUUACAUGCCGUUUUGAUGCCUCCCAUCCUGGACGCUAGCUCAACACACCCUUCAACUGAAAUCCAUUUAUGGAUUUGUAUCUAUAUGAAAGCAUUUUUGCUUUUUUUAAAAAUACUUUUGUCAUUUUAGGUAUAUACUGUGUAUACUGCAUAUUGAUUGUGUUGUUUUUUUAAUUAAUGCCUAUUUGGUUUUGUGUCUGAAAAAAUAUGAAGGAUAUAAUGGUUUCCAUUUGAUUAGAUACAAUGAGUUAGAUAUCCAUUGAUGUCUUAUUUAAUUUAAUGCUAUUCGCCAAUGUCCAUGAAUGUACUGCUAAUUGCUUUAACCAUACUACUGCAGAUGUUUCAACUUAAGUCAGUGGGCUUGUUUUUGAUGGAGUAGUGCUGCUUUUGCUACAGUAUGCCGCACGCAUGCACACUUUCCCAUUUCAAAGCCCAUGGUUAAGUUCUGUUUCUGUGAUUGUCAGGGAAAAAUUAACUUUGUAUGGACAGUGGUAGAAGAAAGUGAAUAUUUUAUGAAUUUCUGAAUAUUUAUUCUUAAAUGAUACACUUCUCAGAUGUUGUGAAAAGUAUUGCAUGUUUUAGUGUUGAA